AGAGAGCUUAAAGCUAACAAUUUUAUUUGCUUGGUUGCAGUUCUCAAAAAGAUGUUUAUAAUAACAGCAAGGAAUACUUUAUGGGACGUAUUGCUCACUUUAGUAGUUUAUAUUCGAAAUAUGGACGUAUAAAUAAUAUCGAGGAACUUUCCAAUUUUCAAAUGUUUUUGGAUAACUACGGCAUAUGGGACAACGAUACAUUUUACAAUGUGCUGAGGACGAUGCAGCUGCUAACACCGAAAUGUGAAGAGUUUUUAGUAAAGUGCUGGUUGGAUGGUAAAGAAAUUGAUUGCUUUCAUAAAAAUCAUUUUCAAACCGGUUUAACUGCCUAUGGUCCGUGUUGUAUAUUCAACACAGCAAAUGUCUAUCGUCAGCGUUCACAUGGUCAACGUUUUGGUCGAUCUGAUGCCGGUUUAACUGUUAUCUUAAAUAGUUCUCAAGUCAACGAUGUCGUAUCCUUAUUAAAUAUGGAUGCCUAUGUGGUUAUUAUACAUAAAGCUAGUAAUUUUCCCGAUAUUGCUUCCGGUGAAGCAAUUGAAGUAUUCCCGAUGCAUAAUGAGGAGACAUUUGUUGCGAUUAAAGCGCGCGUCAUGAAUACCAGUGAAAAGUUGCGUAUAUUUUCUUCUGUUUAUCGUAAAUGUCUAUUCAAUGAUGAAACACCGAAAAAGGAUUUACUGUUACAUCACAGUUACAGUUUUGCUAAUUGUAUAACCAGAUGUCGUAUACGGAGCAUUAAAGCUUUGUGCAAUUGUGUACCAUUUUAUACGCCUUUAGAAUAUUUCGGCAAUAAAGACGGGGUGGUUUAUUGUACUUUAAAACAUGUCGCGUGUAUGGAUCGCUAUAAUUUUAAAUGGCGUAAUGGCGUUCUUACACAAACUGUCACUAAUGUGCCAGGUUUAGAAAGUGAGGCAGAAGAAGCUUUAUAUUGUCCUCAGUGUAUGCCGUCAUGUAAUGAUAUUCAAUAUCAAGUCUCAAUGAUGUCAUUGCCAACGGAUCGCUUUUGGUUACCAGAAAAUUCACAAUAUGAUUAUAAUCUGGAUAUUAAUGGUAUGUCGGUGCUGCAUGUUUAUUUUGGUAAAUCUACUGCUUUGUAUUAUAGACGAGUUCUUCGAAAUACUUGGGUGGAGGCAUUUAGUACCGUCGGCAAUAUACUCUCUAUAGUUAUGGGCGUUUCGUUGGUGGCAAUCUUUGAAUUAUCAUUUUUUCUUAUCAAA